AUGGCUUGUGGCCUCCUGAUGCUGUGCCCCCGGGGGUCCCCUACCAGCAUGGGCCACCCACUGCCCAAACCCCUCCAAGGCCCAUACACCCCUCACCCGUCGUUCAGCCACCCCCCGCUAUUCGGACCGGAUAAAGCUUCUCCCGCGGCGUCCGACGACUACGACUAUGACGAAGAUUAUUACGACAACUUUCAGUCCACCGAGUCUCCCCGCUUCCUCUCACCGGGGCCGCCGACCCCUUUUUGUGCCUACGACCGCUGCAAACACCUUCAAGUGCCUUGCGGGGAAUUGAGCCGCCUGAGCAAAUGUUUAUGUCCCGGAGUCACCGGCCCGGACAUAACCCCGGGCGCUCCCCGUUUACGAGCGGUCCACGUCAGCGAGACCCGCGCGAGCUUGCACUGGUGCGCCCCCUCGUCCACGGUCCAUGUGUACCACCUCAAGUACUGCCGCCCCGGCGAGGAUUUUGUUUUGGGGCCACCGCUAAACAGCACUGUCCGCGUCGCGGCGCUUUACGACCUUGUCCCUGGCACCGAAUAUCUCCUCUGUGUUGUGGCGGCCAACCAAGCCGGGUUCAGCCCGACGGACGACGGUGUUCGAGAACACGGGCCGUGCCGGCAGGUUCGAACCCCGGCUCACCAGAUGACCUAUGUCUAUAUAGCGGUGGGUUUGGGCUGUGUUCUAAUCCUGGGGGUGGUUUCUGUCCUGUUGUGGCAUUUCUACACCCGGAAAGCCAAACCCGUCCAGCACGGAUCCUUGGAUAAUAUCCUGGACGGGGAGCUGAGUUCGGGACACGCCGGAGCGACCAACAGCUCGUUCCGGACGGAAGAACAACUGUGAUGGAGGCUUCCUAGUGCCAGUUCCUACUUGUGCCCCCUUUUGGACAAUGGCCGAGUAUCUUUUUACGGAGGGGACACCGAGGCACAAUCACUUUAGGCUGCUCCGGUGAUGGAAGACAGACAGACUCCAAUGAUGGACAGUCGGAGCGAAGCUUCACUUUUCUGCCAGAUAAUCGUUUUCAGAGUGAAUUGAUUCUCUUUACGGGACCGCAGGUGGUCCUCGACUUAUGGCCGUGUGUGGGGCAACUGUUCCGGGUUAAAACGGCGCUGUAGAAAGACGACUAACCACCAAUUCUCAUACAGAACGACGCAAUACAGCCUCCCCAUGGUCACAUGAUCAACAGUAUGUAUUUAUGAAGGACGUGGAGCCCCUCCCACCCCCAGGUCACGCGAUCCCCAUUUGUGACGUCACCAGCAGGCUUCCGACAAGCAAAAUCAAUGGGGGAAUCUGGAUUCGCUUAAUGACCGUGCGAUUCACUUAGCAACUGUGGCAAAAAAAAACUUGUAAAAUUGUGCUGUCUUAUAGCAGCCCUGCUUAGCAAUGAACAUUCUGGUCCCAAUUGUCGUCAUAAGUUGAGG